ACCCCAUAGAUCGAGCACCAAGGGGUCACUACUACUACUACUACUACUACUACUACUACUACUACUACUACUACUACUCUUGCAAAUAUCAAAAUGCCCACUCAGACCCUGAACAAAAUCAUUACUUCCUUCGCCACUCUCCCCAGAGAAGUCGCCCAUCAAAUCCUCAACGACAUCCGGAUCUGGGACAUCCUGCGGCUGAUCUGUUACAACGAUGCACACAUCAACACCGACAUCCUCACCCACCCAAGCCUGGGCCGAAUCGUGCACUACGAUGCAGAAAUCCUAGAGGAAGUCCGCAAAACGGCCGAUCUAUACCGCACAGUCUGCACCGCCCACAACCUCACCGCAGCACCAUUAUCAUCGCCCCUGGCGUUAAACACCCAGACGUUCCAAUCAGACUAUAAGGAAAUCACAAAUUACAUGCACCACCGGAUCAUCGAGGAAUUAUACCUCGAGUCCUGGCAACGGGCCGUCCUGGCUCAUUACACCGCCUUGCCCGCUGUAUGGGACUCAUCUACUAUCCACGGGUUAGAAGCCCGCUGGACCGCCAUCCAAGACGCGCAGAUGAAACUAAACACGCGGAAAGCCAGUCAGCUUCGUAAAGCAGCUGAUUUGCUGGAGACGAAUUCUGAUAUUGUGAAGAAAAUGAUCGAUCCCAGUCAGACGCGGCGGAAGAAUAUUCCACAUAUUGUCCAGCGACUGCGACGGACUGAGAAGCAGAUGCAAUGGCAAUCGUUGCUUCGGGGGGGACGGUUGAAAGGCAUGUCGUGGUUUGCAUAUGAGCUUUUUGCCGUGGUGCCGUUUGAUCGGGCUUUGGGGGUUGUUUUGCGGGGUUUGGAAGGGGUUGGGGUGAAAUAUGAGUUAGCGGCGGAGGAGAAGGUGGAUUCUGAGAGGUUGAUGAGGGAAACUCAGGGCUUGGGGGAGGUGGGGGGUGUGGUGAGGGUUGUGGUUGAAGGGUUGCAGUUUGUGUAUGAUGGUAAGCAGGCGGGUCGGUUGCCUAGGAUCGCGAGAGAGGAGGAGGGGGAUUCUUUCUAUUUUAUUCCGAGGGGUCCCGUGGAUGCGUGGAAUUAUGCCGGGGAGGGUCUGGCGAGGAUGUAUGAGGCUCAUGAUGACAGGGAGAUUGCCUGGUUGGAGGCUUUUGUGGUGGUGUAUCGGUAUUUUGAGGCCCGGGGGUGAGAGGUUGGAUUGGUCUGGGAGAUCUCCAUUUGUUAUGGAUAGUGACUAAGGUCUCCUUAGGGCUAAUUAGACUUUAAAGUGAGUAACAAUUUAAGAUGUACAUCGGGGUUGUUGUGGUGGAAAAAAUGGAAAGAAAACAUCAGUGAUGGUGCGCUGGGAUAGGAAUCAUAUCAAACAAGAUGCUCAGUUGUGCUAAUACGACUAUAUAAGAAACACGUCAACGCAAGCUUCCGUCUGCUAGUUCGGAUAAAGUCAUGUAUUCGAGUUAUUAAUUUUGAAAUGGACUGAGCCUGCCAAAGAGUGAUGGAAAAUAUUUAACCGCUGAGCUGCUAAUAUAUAUUCUGUACCAAAUUCCUCGCGUUGCCCGAUUAUUCCCUUGCUUCUGGGUAGUUCGUUUACUCCUGACAAAACUUUGAUUCAGACAGGCUGGUGGAUUCUCCCCAUUGUGCCUGGUUUUCGAGGAACAUUGCAAUCGUUGCGAAGGAACAAGAUAAGCUGAGGAAAGGCCAGCAAGCGAACCCGUGUCCCCUUCUGGAUAUAAAACAAUCAAGAACACUUUCUGUGUUUUGGACGACCACGAUCUUUCAUAGACAGUGCCGUGUCAAAUUGUCGGUCUGGGCGGGCGAAUGACCGUAGUCACUGAUUCAUACUUGAGUGUUCCACCGGUCUAUAAAAUGGUCGGAGUGGAACUCAAUGGCACAACACAAAGGGCCGGAAAGUUGUGAG